CUGCUCUUUCUUUCAGGCAGCGGAAAAGUGCUCCAAACCAAUCGCCAAGCCAUUCUGAUGCUGGUCCGAAGCAGGCCCCAGGGCUAAUGAAGAUGAAGUGAUAUUCCGGCCAGCUGGAACUGUGUUCGAGCCGAAAUUAAACAGAAUAUAAAUCGCUGGAAAAAUGGCAGCGAUUUGUCAGCAUCUGUCGAGCAGAACAAAUGCAAAGUAGUUAACUAGCCAAAGGGAAAACUACAGCGGCCCCAGCGGAAUAGGCCGUCAAGAAAAAAGAAAUACGUACAAGCGAUUUUAGUUUCGUUUUUGUUGUUCGUUGCGGCAAUUUCACGCAUCGCGGCGGGAUGAUGGCAGGCGCUAAUCAGGCCGCUCCCAGCCACGCCCCACAGUUAUUGCGGCAACACAUUUUCAAAUAGGUUCAAAACACCCUGCCACCCAACCCCCCGCCCAAGGAAAAAAUACUCAGAGAGAUAGAGCGUGGGAGGGCGCACAAGUGAAAUAUUAUGGCCACUUUUCAAAUGGAAAUGCGCCAGCAGAAGGAGAGGCAGCAGCAGCAGAAGCAACGAACGAAUUUAAAGCAACGAGAAACGGCAACAUCUGCAACAGCAACGCUUGCCACAUCCACAGCCAGGAGACAACGACAAGAACGAGAUCAACAGCACUCGGACCCACCAGAAAUCAGCACAGAUUGCACCAGGCUUUGGCCAGGCAGCUGCAACAGCAGCAGCAGCACAGCCAGGGACAGUGGUUGCGGUAGUGGCACUGGCAGGGGAAACACCAAUCCACUCAUCAGCAACAUCUCCACCAACAACAGCCACCACAACAACAGCAGCAGCAGCAGCAGCAGCAACAGGAGACACUUCGUGGACUGCAGAGGCCGUCAAAGGUCGCUGAUAAUGCUCAGCAUGCUCUUUGUUAUCAUCGCUCUGCUAUCUGUAAAUGAAGUAUUCGCCGCACAGCGUGACUCAUACAAAUCGAAGGAUAUGAGCAGCAGUAAUAAUGCCAUUCCCAAUGGUGGAGCAGCUGGAGCAGCUGGAGCAGGAGAGGGCUCUCAGUCGCCAGGAGGUCCCAAUGGUGUCGCCGGAAGCGGAAGUAUGAGCAGCAAUGGCAACAAUGCCAACGGAAAUAACAAAAAUGGCCAUGCAGCUGGUGCAGGAGCAGGAGCAGGAGCAGGAGCAGGCGCAGGCCUAUCGCCAGCCUCCGAGUUGUCCGGCUCAAUGACAACCGAUGCCAGCAGAGGUGCCAGCUCCAGCUCUAGCUCUGGAUCUGGCUCCGGCUCUACGACCAUCACUGGCAUUCCUAGCAGUAGCUUGCACAAGGCCAGCAGCAGCAGCAGCAGCAACACAAUUGCCUCACAAUCGGGAGCCUCAUCCGCAACAUCCGGCAUCCAUCGCAACAGCAUCGACCUGAUGGAGGAGGCACGCAAUGCGGGACCCUACUUCGACAAGGCCGUCUCCAAGAAUGUCACAGCCCUGCUGGGCAAAACGGCCUAUUUGAAUUGUCGCGUCAAGAAUCUGGGCAACAAAACGAUGUUGCUUCAGGUGUCCUGGGUGCGACAUCGGGACAUACACCUGCUGACUGUGGGCCGUUACACGUAUACGUCGGAUCAGCGCUUUCGGGCCAUACAUCAACCGCAAACCGAAGACUGGAUGCUGCAAAUCAAAUAUCCGCAACAUCGCGACUCUGGCAUCUACGAGUGCCAGGUAUCGACCACACCGCACAUGAGUCACUACAUUCACCUGAAUGUCGUUGAACCCUCGACGGAAAUAAUCGGCGCACCCGACCUGUAUAUAGAGAGUGGCUCGACUAUAAAUCUCACCUGUGUCAUACUCAACUCACCGGAGCCGCCGGCCUAUAUCUUCUGGAAUCAUAAUAAUGCAGAUUUCCAUUCUCAUCCGCAGAUUAUCAACUACGAUUCGCCGCGCGGCGGCGUUUCGGUUGUGACCAAUAAGGGCGAGACGACCACAUCAUUUCUUUUGAUUAAAUCGGCGCGUCCAUCGGACUCGGGGCAUUAUCAGUGUAAUCCAUCAAAUGCAAAGCCCCGCAGCGUCACGGUACAUGUGCUCAAUGGGGAGUUCCCAGCAGCAAUGCAGCACGCGGCACCAGCGCUUCCUCGCCACUCGCUCACUCGAUAUCUCUGUGUGUACCUGUGUGUGUGCUUCUGCACCUGGGCGCUUGUCGGACGCUCCACACGCUCCUCGCUGCGGCAGCUCGUCGCGCCUCCCGUCGGCCAAAGCGUGUCCGAACCGUGUCCGGCUGUGGGCAUGGAAAUGGUGGCAUGCGACAGCUUCUCGAGUGCAUUUUGAGUCUCUGCUG